AUGCCCGAUGGGGAUGAUCUUACAUCUCGAAGUCCAGGAAAAGACAACCACGAAGGCCACAGCCAUCAGCACCAUCAUCAUCACCACGGUCACAGCCACCACCAUCAUCACUUUCCACGGGCCUUUCCCCACCGGAAGAAGCCACAUGGUCACCACCAUGGCCACAGUCACGAUCUGAGCUCGGUUCGUGCCAUCGCCUACACCAUCAUUGCCGGCGACGGUCUGCACAACUUUUGCGACGGCAUUGCCAUCGGCGCCUCCUUUGCGGAGAGCCUUCAAGGCGGCUUGUCCACCUCCUUGGCCGUGCUAUGCCAUGAGUUGCCCCACGAACUGGGUGAUUUCGCCGUCCUCCUCCACGCUGGGAUGUCGGUGAAAGCUGCCCUCUUCUAUAAUACCCUUUCCAGCAUCCUCUGUUCGGCCGGCAUGGUACUGGGAGUUCUCCUGGGCAGCGUCCCCUCUGUAAACUCCUGGCUCUUCCUCCUUACCGCGGGCAUGUUUGUGUACAUCGCCCUUGUGGACAUGGUAUGUUCUCCUGCUCAGGUUUUUGUGCUCGAGUCAAUGACAACAGCCCAGCGAGAAACUUUUUGA